AUGGAAAAAUUUUCAAGAAUUUAUUUAAUUCUCGUGCUUUGUAUAGUAACUACGGUGAGCGGCGAGGACUCGCCGGACAGUGCCGUGACUCAAAAUUAUUGUCCGUAUUUCAAAAACCGAGCUCCUGUUCCUCAACCGGGCCUCAAAAAUUGUACGUGGUACAAAAAAAAUGCCUGCUGUCUUCAAAGCGAGCUGGACUUAAUAUUCCCGUCAGUUUCGCCCCCGCUUGGAGCGAGUGAGCGAUGUUUGCGUUACACCAAUUUUCUCAUGUGCUACGUUUGUGCUCCCGAUCAGAAUUUAUUUUACGACAACGAACGUUUGACCGUGUGCGGGGGUUUCUGUGACAAAUGGUUCGCCGCCUGCGGUGAUGCAAAAUUCAAGGGAAUGAAGAUCAAAGAGCUGUUUAAAUCAGGAAAAGAGUUUUGUCGAGCAAGGAAAUUUUCGGUCGGUGAGGCUACCGGGAAAGAUUGUUUUAGUUUUGAACUAAAAAUCACGAGCUUUGCUACGCCAAGGCUUCCCUCAGAGCAUGCUCUUUGGUUGGCCGCAACAGUGGUUGUCCUGUUUGUGGAUAGAAGUUAAUAAAUGUAGAGGUAAACCAGCUCUUUUAUUUUUAAUGUUAUGUUUUUUUGGCAACCCUUUUCAUUAAUCCAGAUCUGGGUUUGCUGGACAAAAGACGGAGUAGAUUGUUAUCAAGUAUAUAUCCUUGUUCUGAGAGCAUAUGCUCUCAACUGAAUUUCAUUGGGUUUUGGAUCGGAUUAUAAAACCCUUGUAUAGUUCUAGUGGCAAAGGAAAUAGACAGAGAGAGGUCGGUCUGAAGGCAUCAAGAGCCAUACACAGAUCAGACCACAUAUUGGAUCACGGAUGGGACUACGGAUCGGUUCACAGAUCGGAACACGGAUCAGAUCACUGAUUGGAUCUCCGUUCAUAUCUUACUCCGCAUUAAAAGAUAGAGAGAAGAACCUAAGUUGAUAGAAACAUGGAAAUAGGUCGAUAGAGGGUUAAACAAACAGUAAAUUGAAAAAUUGAGUGACGAUGUACGGGACCUUAAUACUGCUGAAAAGGACUCUCAAACUAAUUAGCAAGGUUGCUUUGCUUUAGUAACUUUUCUCCAUUGCUGAGCAGAAGGUGUUUUCUCGCUUCAUGUUAGGUCUUCCUUACAAAUGCAAUGGUACCACAGUAAGUCUGCUGUUUGUAUGUAACUGGUGGGUCUUCUAGUUAUUGACAAGGCCGCAGGUGUUUUGAGGAGUAGAUAGCAUUAUCCAUUGGAUAAAUCUCUUUAUGGUGGAUAGCACAGUAUGUUUUGCUAUCUCUUAUCUGCUAGAUAGCUAUUUAUCUCUGGACUAGAUGAGCCCAGAGUGUCUAUUUUUGCUUUCCUUUUACUAUACUGCUUGAUGAAAGUAGGUUCUACAUAACUGUACAGCUACAGGGUUAAACUAAGUUAUCUGCAACUGAUUGUAUUCUAGGUAUGCAGCUGCUUUUAAGAUGGUGAUGGACAAGAAGCUAGAUUCUCCUUUUUUUUCAUAAAACCCCUUGGUGAGAUGCAGUAAAUUAAAUUUCAUUGUCAAACUGUCAAGUGAAAAGUUUGCCAUUUUGUGAAGACAAAAGUCAGUAUACCAAAAUGAUGACUAUGUAUGAACAAAGCAAUUACCUGAAGAACUCUUGUGCUGUCUUUCUCUCUUGUCUGGAAGAGCAUUUAUAUGAGAUAGGCUGCGUAGAAACUCAGCAAAAUAAAACAAGAAAAACCUGCCUUGUUCCCAGCACUGCUCACCCUAGGCACAUUCCAAACAACAAGAGCUCAGAAAGCCUGCGAUAUUUAGAUUUUUGUUAAUAUCAAUAUUAUGACUGCAGAAUUUAGGAUUCAGUGAUACUGCAGGAAUGAUUGGUACAUACCACAGCACAGCAUGACCUUAAACUUUUCAUGCCAAAAAAAUUGAAUUUAAUUCAUUACAUUUUGAGUAAUUACAUAGGCAAUCACAAUAAUGAUUCACCUGCUACAAAAAUUGAUAUAUCAUACUCAUUAUUGUGCCCUGCAUAUCUUAAUGUAUAGAUUAAAUAACAUUGGUAUUACAACUUCUUAUGCGGGAGGUGCAAUAAAUAUCAUUGGCCAUAUGUGAUGACUCAACAACAUUCCUAUCUCAAAAUAAAUCCUUACUUGUUUUUAAUUUCUUCUCUCAAAAGAUAUUUUGAUCCAUUUGAUUAGUCUUCCAUUCUGUGUUAUACUUUCUCAAAGUUUUAAAAAUCGCUUGUAAACACGAAUGACAGGAAAAAUCCGUUGGAAAAUUGAUCAUUUCAGUCAAAUAAU